AAAAUACGCCCAAUUCAUUUCCUUCCAAAAAAAGAAAAAGACAAGAAAACCGUGACGCGUGUUUUUCUUGUUUUACGACAUGCAUUAACUCAGUUCUUUUUUUAUUUUAUUUUUUAUUUUUUUCACGGAUAUCAUGACUGAACAAACGCCUAGCUCAAGAUAUGGCCAGUUACCAACACUUGAAUUACCUUCCUUUUUAGAGUUUUUGAAGCUUAAGAAUUUUCCACUCAAAACGUUUCCUACUGUCAACGAGCCUGAUAGACCUACCAAAGACACCUUGUAUAUCUAUGGCCCUGGUUACAGAAACAACCAAGCUAGUUUUGAUGUCGAUUGUUUGAUUAUUCAGAUGUAUCUUUUGUUCUGUGGCAUUGAAUUUGACAUUGAUUGUUUAAAUGAACCUGCUGCUUCUCCUUCUGGCCAACUUCCAUUCUUGGCUACUGUGACAGGUGCCAUUUAUGACAGCCCACACAUCCUUGAUUGGAUCAAGAACACAAGACAUAAAGAAAAGGAAUUAGCUUCAGAAAGAGAUAGAGAACAAUCAAAAGCAUUCCUUACACUUGUACAAAACAAACUAAGAGCUGCAUUGUUGUUUUCAAUGUGGUUAGAACCCUUAAAUGCCAAUCAGACAAUUCAUAAAGCAUAUUUUGGAAACAUACCUAAGCCUGUUGAUAUGGUGGUGGCAUAUAAUAAGCAAAACCAAGUUGUUCAAUCAUUACUUGCUGAUCAUGAUAUUCUUGUGAGAGAAGAGAUCUACCAAGAUGCUUCUCAAGCAUUAGAAGCACUUUCUGUUAAAUUAGGACAAGAUACUUAUUUCUUUGGCUCAAGUGAACCUACUUUUGUGGAUGCUGUUGUCUUUUCCUAUCUUCAUUCUAUCUUGAGUAUGCCUCAUAUUCUUGAUGGUGAAUACUCUGAAGAGGAAAGAAAACAAGCUGGUACUUUGGCUAAAUUGGUUCGUAAGCACGAUAAUUUGGUUGCUUAUGCCAAGUCUAUUUAUGAACAAUGGUUAAAAUAG